CAGAAAUCAUGAUCCAGGGGAAAUUAUCAUAGCUAGCUAGGGUUCUUCGCAACAUUCGCUACUCGAUCGCCGUGGCUAGCAGCUCAGCUUAGCGAUUAGCUCUUGCAUUGAGUGCGAUCCAGCGGCGAUGGCGUCGAUGACAUCCGACAUGAUCGAAUCGGUGCAAGAAGCUCACAGAUUGGAUGAGAUUUCGUUGCUGGAUUAUCUCCACCGAUCUGUGGAAGGAUUUCCACCGCGGCCGGUGAAGCUCACAGUCUCCCAGUUUGGACACGGGCAAUCCAAUCCUACUUAUCGGUUAAAAGCCGAGGGUGGCAAUGCUGUGAAGUUCUAUGUUCUUCGCAAAAAGCCUCCUGGGAAAUUGCUCCAGUCGGCACACGCUGUGGAGCGCGAAUACCAGGUUUUGGCUGCUCUUGGAAAAGAAGGAACUGUGCCAGUUCCCAGAGUUUUUUGCCUUUGCAACGAUCCGAGUGUCAUUGGCACGCCAUUCUACGUUAUGGACUAUGUCGAAGGCCGCGUUUUCCUUGAUCCUGGACUGAAGAGCGUCAAGCCUGAAGAACGAAAGGAAGUUUACCAGGCCAUGGGCAAAACGCUUGCUGCUAUUCACAAAGUUGACGUCGAUCGUGUCGGCUUGGGAAAGUUUGGGCGUCGCGAAAACUACUGUAAGCGACAGAUUGAGAGGUGGGCAUCGCAAUAUGCUGCGUCCACGGCUGAAGGAAAGCCACCCGCGGAACCUUCCAUGCUGAAACUUACAAUGUGGCUGAGAAGUAACGUGCCAGCUGAGGAUGCUCGGAGAGACUGUGCGGGAAUAGUUCACGGCGAUUAUAAAAUCGACAAUCUAGUUUUCCAUCCAACUGAGGCCCGCGUCCUGGCGGUUUUAGACUGGGAACUUUCGACUCUCGGAAACAGAAUGUCCGAUGUUGCUUAUAAUUGUAUGCCAUAUGUUAUAGACAACGGCAAGAGCGGCGGUCCGGGCUACUAUGGCUUUGACAAAGGGGCUCCCUCCGAUGGUCUACCCACACAAGAGGAGUUUGUUGCUACCUAUUGUGCCCAAGGAGGAGCAUCAUGGCCUGGGCCUAACUGGAAGUUUUAUCUAGCUUUGUCUCUUUUCAGGCUUGCUGCAAUUUCUGCAGGCGUGUAUAAUCGGUUUUUGCUUGGAAAUGCUUCGGGAGGGAAACGUGCAGAAUCUAGUGGCAAGUUUGCUUGUUAUCUAGCGUCAUGUGCACUUCAGUUGAUCAAUGGUGGACCUAUUAUUUCUGAUGUUCCACCUUCAUUUGCGAAAAUUGGGAACAAGCAUCCAGGUCUGUCUCCGUCGUCCAGAGUUUUACGGCUUAAAGAACAACUUGCGACUUUCAUGGAAAAAUACAUUUACCCAAACGAGGAACUUCUAUCCGCUCAUGCGAAGACGGAAAAGAGGUGGACAGUCCACCCGCUGCAAGAAGAGCUAAAACAUCGUGCUCAAGCCGAGGGCCUUUGGAAUCUGUGGAUCCCAGCCGACAGUGCAGCAAUGGCCUCCAAAAUCUUGUUUGACACGGACGACGCUCAAAACUUUGACAGGCUAGUUGGCGCGGGCCUCAGCAACCUCGAGUAUGGACACCUCUGCGAAAUAAUGGGACGCUCGGUAUGGGCUCCUGAAGUCUUCAAUUGCAGCGCUCCCGACACUGGGAAUAUGGAGGUUUUGUUACGAUACGGCAGUCCAGAGCAGCAAAAGGCAUGGCUAAAACCUCUUCUCAAGGGAGAAAUACGGUCAGCUUUUGCCAUGACGGAGCCUAAUGUUGCUUCUUCGGACGCGACGAAUAUCGAGUGCAAAAUAACAAGGGAUGGAGAACAUUAUAUCAUCAAUGGACGAAAGUGGUGGACAAGCGGAGCUAUGGAUCCUAGAUGUCGCAUUUUGAUAGUCAUGGGAAAGACUGAUGUCAAUGCGCCCUUGCACAAACAACAGUCUAUGAUCCUCGUUGACAUCAAAACUCCUGGCGUAGAAAUCAUACGACCGCUAACUGUCUUUGGCUACGACGAUGCCCCGCAUGGACAUGCCGAGGUGCUUUUCAAAGACGUGAAAGUUCCUGCGACGAACAUCCUAUGGGCCGAAGGACGUGGUUUCGAGAUUGCCCAAGGAAGACUUGGGCCGGGACGACUCCACCAUUGCAUGCGCUUGAUCGGAUCCGCUGAGCGAGCUUUGGAGCUGAUGGUUCACAGAGCAUUGCAACGAAAGGUGUUUGGAAAGCUCAUUGCUCAACAAGGAGCGUUCUCUUCGGAGGUUUCCCAGUGUCGCCUGGAGAUCACACAAACGAGACUGCUAGUCCUUCACGCGGCCAACGAGCUUGACAAUCACGGAGCAAAGGUUGCACGGGGCGCUCUUGCAAUGGCAAAAGUCGCUGCUCCCAGAGUUGCUCUCAAAGUUCUGGACUCCGCCAUCCAAGUUCACGGUGGAGCUGGAGUAAGCUCAGACACGGUGCUUGCGCACUUGUGGGCAGCAGCAAGAACGCUGAGAAUCGCGGACGGUCCAGACGAUGUCCAUCUCCAAACCAUCGCCCGGUUGGAGCUCAAACGAGCAAGAAUCUGAGUUUGUUGUAAUUACAACCGUUAGAUUGGAGAUAUUCUAGAAUAUAAUAUUUUAGGAAUCUUCUGCUUCAAA